AUGACAGACAAGACGAUUGAUGAUGCUAUUCGAUACUAUACGACAUUCUACAACGCACCAAAAGUCGUCCAGAAUCUUCUUCAUGGUGUUCUCGCCGUUGGGCUACUCAGUUUCGUGGCAAAGCUGCACAAGUGGGACGAAAGCGCCAUGUUCUUUGAUGGUUCUUCCCUAGGUGUAUAUGUAUUCGGAAUCAUGCUCUACACCACGGUCGUAAUCCCGGGUAUCCGCACGGUCGCCGUUCCCUUGGAGAGCGAAACACGGGAGGACCAGGUGGAAGCUCUGCGUGUUCUUGCGGCAGGAAAUACCUUGAUUAUUCUUUGCCUGGGUCUUGUUCUCGCCCUGCAGGCUGGACAAGAGUGGGCACGAAGGAGCGAAGCCAAACUCCUGGCUGAAGCUGUUGCGGCUGAGAAGGAGGCUCCCAAGGAGACUGCGAAGACCAAGUAG